CGAACAGAUCAAUUAACAUAAUAAAUACCAGACUGCUUCUCGAACAACUUCAUAACACUAAACGCGCUAGAAGUGAAAGGAUCUCCAAAAAGGCGAACUAAAUAAACAUAUUAUAUUGCUAUUCUAUAUUGAUAUUGUAAGGAAUAAUUCUUAAUAGUACAUGAUGCCGUCAUACAAGUAUACCAGUCACCAGUCCACGGACCUCGAGCUGGGGCCGCUCAGGCAUGUAGAUGCGGACGAACAGUUCCUCCGGAAUCUCUCUGUGUACACGACCGUACGUUCAGAGGACUUCCGGCGGGAUGCUAGCAAGCGACGAGCGGGUCACCAGUCCAUCACUGAGCUGCUGAGUGGCUGGCCCCGGGUCAAGAGGGAACAGGAACUUCCGGAGGAGGAGGAGAAGGUGGAUACUCAACCAGAACAGCUGGAACUUCGUGACUAUGAGCUCGGCGUGAAAGGUCUGGAGCUGGACAGACGUAUAGCACCCGGCUUCCGGUACACGGUCCGCUAUAUCGACACUUCCGAGUACCUGUUCGAGGGGGAAGCCAGGCGGCUGGAAUCGAUCGGGCUCGGCUACGCGAGACGGCUCACAUUCCAAGGCGACAGACUCAACUUCAAUGAUUGCUUCUUCUGGACCGAUAGCAACCCGAACGGAUUCGCCUUCACGAUCGAGGCGGUCCGGGAGGGAGACGCCUACCGCGUGGUUGACGCUGACGGACAGGAGGUUGGACACGUGGAGGUGCACAAAGUUGACUUUCCGCAAAUUGAGCUUGGCACCAAAAUAGAAGACAAUUCAAGCGUUGUUAAGAACGUGAGAGUCAGAUUUGCCUGCUCUGUCAAACACACCCACUUCAGUGACCACAGCCUCAUUAACGUGAACACACAAGACUUCGAGAUUGUUGAGGGUAUUGCUGAGCUGGUGAAAGGUCGUGGACAGAAGGAAGCCGUGGUACGGUGUGUGCGAGACGUGCACUUCAAGUCCCUGGGUAGAUGUACACUCCACAGAGACACGUGAACACGUGCUUAGAAACGUUCAUGUAUAUAUACGAUGUAUUGGCGGUCCCAGAAUCUCAGUUCUACGGAGCUGGUGGGAAGAGAGACAGAGAGGGAUGCGACGGUGACAGAUGGAAUGAUACCACAGUAGCAGACAUUUAUUCGUCAUUUUUCUUUUGCACAAGAUAUUAAAUGCGUGUAAAUAAUGCAGAUAUGUAUUACAAUGUAUUCAAUGCUAUCUUUUCUUGGCGUUGCAUAUAGGUCCACGAUGAGAGUUCAAGAGACCAAUGUUGUAUCCAUUCUUUGUCCAUGAAACCUGUUACUUUCUCAUUUUUGCAUAUUAUUUUCUGUUAUUGUUAUAUAUUUUGUUUUGAAAAAAGAGAGAGAAAAAACACACGAAUAAAAAUCAAUAAAACUAUAA